AUGAGUGACGAUGAAGAGGGCGGCUACAAUACCAUUACACACACGGAGACAGGGAGGGGAGUCAAGCUGUUGUUUUCCAAAAGCAAGGUCUACGUCCAUCCGACUCCUUCGGCAAAAGAUAACAUACCAGGCUACAUAGCACUGCUGCAGCAAAAGCAUCCCAUUUCCGGGCGCCCAACAUCAUCGUCCUCCCGCGAGUCCAUACCCCCGGCUCUUCCGAUCUGCUGCUGGCAUGGGUUCCCGAAUCAGCACUUGGAGAUUCAGCAAGCAUAUACCGGCUCCGUCGGUGGCUAUUCGUUUGCUAUCCCUGUCAGCGCCAUCUACUCUCUGCUGGUACGGCCGCCGAGUCUAGGCUGGUGGUAUGGCUCCAUCAUCAUCAACUCCAGAGCUGGUGACAGCUUCCCUGCUCUCUUCUUCCAUGAUAAUGAGUGCGAGAGUACCAUUUUGCAAAAGAAGAAGCUUGCGAGGGACAACUUUGACCCGUUUGGCGAGUCUGGACAGAUGUUUUGGGGAGCAGACGAAGUGUUGCGAUGGCUCAGGAGGUAUGUCAAGAUUGAGCGAUCCGGCGCCGAACCCAACGUCUAUCUUGUAGAACCAAGCAAGGAGGAUUUGGAAGGGUUUGGGUCCAAGGCUGGCGGGGCAUCUAAGCAAGUCACGACGGGAAAUAGGGCCGCUGGGAGCAGUCGAGAUGCGGAAAUGGAUCCGUUUGUCAAGCUUGUCAAGGAAACGGGCUGGAACAUUAUGAAUCAGUUCAGCAAGGUGACCACGUUUACGAGGAGGGCAGCGCAAGACUUUGCCGAGAAGAACAACUUGCCGCCGCAGGUCAAGAGGUUGCUCAAAACCCCAGAGGUGCAAACUCUCCAGGAUGAGUUUGACAGCGCUAGGAUUUAUCUCGCUCGGUGGGCUAUGGGUAUUGCAGAACAGAGUGAGCGGGAUCGACGUGGCCGUAUUUGGACAGUGAAGGACGUUGUUGAUCUUGAAGACACGGAUGUCGGCGAGUUUGAGCUACUUGAAGGAGCGAGUGGGUUGUCUCUGGAAGAGAGGCGGAAACCUGUCACCAUGACCGAGUGGGAGACGUUUUUUGAUCCCGAAACUGGGCGGUUAUCAGUAACUGUUGACGAGGUCAAGGAACGCAUCUUCCAUGGUGGCCUCGAUACUGAGGAUGGCGUUCGCAAGGAAGCCUGGUUAUUCCUCUUGGGGGUGUACGAGUGGUACGGGACUGCGGAUGAGCGAAAGGCGCAGAUUGCGUCACUUCGGGAUCAAUACUACCGUUUGAAGCACUCGUGGUGGGAGCGCCUCGAGGGCGAUGGUGGUGAGGGUGAGGCGGGAGAGUGGUGGCGAGAACAAAGAGGCAGAAUCGAAAAGGACGUUCACCGAACAGACCGCAAUGUAGCCAUCUUUCAAGGAGAAGACACGCCCCAUCCAGACCCCAACUCACCCUUUGCAGAAGUCGGAACAAACGUCCACCUAGAGCAGAUGAAGGAGAUGCUGCUCACGUACAACGAAUACAACAAAGACCUGGGCUACGUGCAAGGCAUGUCCGAUCUGCUCUCUCCCAUCUAUGCAGUAAUUCAAGACGACGCUAUUGCAUUUUGGGGCUUCCAAAAGUUCAUGGAACGCAUGGAGCGAAACUUUUUGCGGGAUCAGUCCGGCAUGCGCAGCCAGCUACUCACGUUGGAUCACCUGGUGAAUUUCAUGGAUCCAAAGUUGUGGAAUCAUCUGCAAUCGGCAGACAGCACCAACUUCUUCUUCUUCUUCCGCAUGAUUCUGGUGUGGUAUAAGAGGGAGUUUGGCUGGGUAGAUAUACUGAGGUUGUGGGAGGGCUUGUGGACAGAUUAUCUGAGCGCCGAGUUUCACCUCUUUGUUGCGCUGGCCAUUUUGGAGAAGCACAGGGACGUCAUUAUGGAGCACCUCAAGGCCUUUGACGAAGUUCUCAAAUAUGUGAAUGAGCUUUCCAACACCAUGGAUCUCGAAUCAACGCUCAUCAGAGCGGAAGCAUUGUACCGCAAGUUCCAACGAUUAGUAGAGGCCAUUGACAAGAAGCAAAACUUUCCAGCUCCAAGAGCUGAGGCGUCGUCCCAGGAGUCGACACAGUCACAGUCAAAGCCACAGACACCAGCCAAAGGCAAAGACGCCGAGACGGAACAAAAAGUCAUUUCCCCAGAACUAAGAAGACUGCUAAGCAGAAAAGUGGAAGUGCUGCCUCGCAAGACAGUAGCACAAAAGGGCGACGGCAUGCCAGGAAAGUAG